AAUACCUGACGGUUGCAUUUGGAGCAAGGCUGACAGUUAAGGUAAAUGCGAUAUAAUCGGAACAAACAUCGCCUAUUUUAUGUUUGCAAGUGCAUAUUACAGGAGACUCAACUCAGUCUUGACCCUGAAUGACUUGUGGCAACUAGUGCAGUCGUAGCCGGCUCCCUGAUCGGACUGGGGUCAGUUUAUUCAUAAUUUGAGCCUGCAAUUGAUGUUACAACUGAUGCUUGAACAUUCCACAGUCAUGCCAGUUAUUCACGUGUCCCCUGAGAAUCACCCUCAAGCAAAAUACCCACUAUUGGAAGUAAACGGAUGGCGCUUCCCAUGCGAUUUUAACGAAGAGGUCAUCCGGAACAUACCGGAAGUGGACAUAAGAGAUGAUGACGUCAUGUUGUGCGGAUAUAUGCGAUCUGGUACACAUUGGUGCUUUGAAGUGAUCAACAUGCUACUGAGGAAGUCUGUAGACACGAUACCACACCCGAAGGAACACUUUCACUUGGAGCAAAAAUUCAAUGAGGAACUGGCACAGCAUCCUUCACCCAGAGUUCUCAAUGGGCACAUGCAUUUUGAUCGUCUUCCCAAAGCAGCGAUUGAAAAGAAGGUGAAAGUAAUAUACGUUCUGAGGGACCCACGUGACAUCGCCUGCUCGUGGUAUCAGUUGAUGGGAAAGUACCUUCGGAUCAGAGACAAGGUGGAGAUAUGCCCUUUCGCAGAUUGGCUGAAGUUAUUCGUAAAUGGCGAAUUGGCCUGGGGCAGCUGGUUCGAUCACGUGACAAACUGGGAAAAGGCUAUGGCCAAUGAUCACACUUCAUCGAUUCUAGUGGUCCGCUUUGAAGAUCUCGUGACACAACCAGUUCGACAAAUUGAACGAAUAGACAAAUUUCUCAACACGAAAACGGAUGAGACGUUUCGGACACGAGUCGCAGAGAAGUGUAGCCUUGACAACAUGAAGCAAGACAAACUAGCCGUCACGGAGAAGCUGGAUGGGAGGAGUGUGCAUUAUAACCAAGGGAAGAUCGGAACAUGGCAGAACUGGUUUUCAGGAGAGCUCAGCCAAUAUUUUAACCGCGUCUACGACGAAAAGAUGAAAGACUCUAAGUUCUACGAUCUGUACAGAAAGUCUGAGAUUGUCAACACAUCAUAGAUGGUCCUUCGUACGAUCAACAUCGGUAUUUGUGAAACCGUCACUAACAGAGUUAUGAAUCUGAUGUAUAUGAGGUUAAAUUGUUAUAUAUAUCGUAGUAGAGAUUUCACUUACUCUUCUGUGCAACAUGCGUGAGAAGCGGUUCAGCUAAAGCAGGACAUGCUUACUCUUUUCGCGAACACCUGAUUUUAAGUGACCCAAUCAUAUAAUGUUCACGGUAGUUUGCCUCUUAAGCUUAAAGGAAUCUGUUUCGGCAGAUAUCGAGACAGAUUAGUCAUGUUGGCGUUGUCAUUUAAUAUAAUGAUUAUUGAAAUGUUUUUGUCCCUUAUAUACUAUAUAUACUACUCAGAAGACGUUAAAGAACAGCCGAUUCUUUCAUAUUACUAUAGUUAGCUUGUUAUGCCAUGACAUAUUGACCAUAGUAAUAUGAACGAAUCGGGUGUUCUUUAUGGUUGGUUAAUUGCAUGUGUCUGCAAACUUGGUAUUUACCUUCGCUGGGGUGGGGUAUUAUUUUGAAAAGGGUUUUGUAAACAUGGUUAUAUUAUUGUCAGCUGCGGAAGGGUUACCUCUGCAGGCUUUUUGUUCAUUAUGUUUCUUAAUCCUGCCACAUCCAAUGUCAAUUGUAUUAACAUAACAAAGGGCCAAGGUAAACUUUGAUCCCAAACGUAGUUGUAUCAUACAUUAACUUCUUUGAGUGUCAUUUAGAAGUUGGAGUGGUGAAGUAAGACGAGUUCUAUGGAUGAACAACUUCUUUAUUACAAUUAGUGUGACGUUUCGGUGUAGAUCCUAACACCUUUAUCAAGCGAG